AUGCAACUUCUCGAUGGCAUCACAUUCCCCUACGAUGACGCCACUCGACGACAUCUCCUAGCCGUCUACAGGCAAAAGGCUCAUCCGACCAGUGGGCGCCAGUAUUCGCUCUAUCUGCCUCUGCUGGUUGUGUCAUGGAUCGGUUUAGCUGUGGCCACGAUCCAUUUCCUGAGUUCUGGAGCAUCAUACUGGAAUCAAGGAGAUGGAGCAGAAUCUCAAGAGCCAGGCAUUACAGCUCGAAUAUAUCCACUCUAUAAAGUUGCCAAACGUGAGGCUCGUAAGUCAGCGGAGAGCGUGCUGCAGCUAUUCGAGGACUUGGACUACGACGGUGAUUUUGAGCACAUGGGUGGAACCGAUACAACCACGUCAAUGCCCUCAUUCAUCACUGCUGCCACUGAAUCGACAACUACAUCCACCACUCACACUACUCACGCACCCACACGGAAGAUUCCUCGUUUUAAAAUCAGACGACUACUCCCGCAUGCUUCGGCAGGAGAAAAGGAUCCAUCCUUUAUCUUCCAGCUAGGACCAGGGCGAGAAAAGAACAACAUCGAGUCUGACUCCGUAGACAAGCCAUUUCAAGUAGUGAAACCGGUCAAAAAAAGAAAACGUCCUAUUAAAGCAAUCCAAGGACCUUUCGUUUGGGACACUUGGCCAAAUGCAGGAGGAAAGGCUUACUAUCGUAAUGGACCAAAAAAGAAGGUUCUCCCACCGACUUCUCCGAUAUCGCUUGGAUUAGACGAAGCUGCCCUAGGAAACAGUAAUGCCGUCCUGGAAAGAGAAGAUAACGAGAUUCUGCUCGAUUUGAAGGAUUCUGGAAAAGAGGAGGAUGAUCGGCCGCAGCUGGAACUUACUGCCAAGGGGCCUCUGCUUGCGGUUACAUCGCCAAAAACGACUACAACUCAGAUCCCCUCGACGAAUAUUGAAAGAAGCACAUCAACUCAACCCAAAACUAAACCUACAACCACUGCUGAUGAUAUUUUGGAGGGUUCUACGCAGGAAGUCAAGAAAAGAAUUCUCAGUUCUUCAUCCCAAGAGCUGCAAGAAAUACUGGACAGAUUCUAUGGAACAACCACAGAGCAGACCCUUAUCGGGAACCGAACGGAAGAUGCCAACAGAACAUCAUCAGAAUCGCUUCUGCCGGUAUCAGUCCCACCCGGCGCUGAGCAUAAUCCAACGGACUCAACAGCGACUACUGUGGUAGAGGAGCCCACGACCAAAUCUGAACCUGAUAGCCAAACGGAAAAUGGCUACGGAACUUCCCUGGAACCACUAGUAUCAGUUCCACCCGACUCCGACCACGUUUCAACGUACUCAACCGCUUCUAGUAAUCUGGAGGAGUCCACGACAUUCGAACCUGAAGAUCAAACUGAAGAUGCCGGAGGAACGUCAUCAGAAUCUUCUGUAUCGAUGUCAGUCACACCUGAAGCUGGCUACGAUUCGACGUACUCAACAGCCAGUACUGUGAAGGAAAAGUCCACGACCGAGCCUGAACCUGAAAGACAUACGAAAGAUGACGCUGGAACUUCACGGGAACCACUUGCGUCAGUUCCACCCGAUUCCGACCAUGUUUCGACGUACUCGACCUCCACUACUGGGCUGAAGGAGUUUACGACCGAAUCUGAACCCGAUAGCCGUACGGAAGCUGCCGACGGAGCAUCAUCCGUAUCGGUUCCACCUGACGAUGACUAUGUUUCGACGUACUCAACUGCAACUGCUGUGGUGGAGGAGUCCACCACUAUGGUGGAGGAAUCCACGAGCAGACCUGAAUUGGAAAACCAAACAAAAGAUGACGACUGGACUACAGUAGAACCACUUGUAUCGGCACACGUUGAACCGGACGCCGACCACAUUCCUGCGUACUCAACGCCAGCAACUGAGCAGGAAGAGUCUACGGCUUCAACCGCUUCGGUAUCGUCGUACACUGAUAUGUCAACGGCCUCUACCACAGGAAACAGUUAUUUGACAUCACCCGCUGUCUUUAAUGAGGUAAUGACGAUAAGAGGUGUGUACGCGUCAUCGACCAGUACUUCUAAAGAGCCUUUUACAAGAAGGAACGAAUUAAAAUGGACGCCGAGAACUUUUGGUGAAGAGUCUCCAAGAGGUGAUGAGUAUAGAUCGCCUCGAACUACUCCUUGGAGGACACCUACACCAACAGAGCCACAUAUGAUGUCAACCACCUUCCCUCGAGAAUCGUUUUCAACGAGAAGGGAAUACUCGAGAAGGACCACCACUACUGCAAGACAAACCACACGGAGAACAACAACUACGGCGCCAACGACAACGACAACGACGAGGACGACAACAACAACGAGAACCACUACCUCAACCUUGCCAUCAACUACUACCACCACAACGGAAACAGCCCCAACCUUUUUGCCCUCAAGUACCGUUACCGCACCGAAAACAGCCCCAGCAUCCGUAUUAGUGCCAGAAACAACUGAGCCCAUUCCAACGACGGUUGUCAACGUCAACAAGCCGAAAGUCGCUGUCGAAAAGAGAAAGCAUGGAUCAGCGACCAGAAGACAGUUGGCUGCGCAGGACUCCUCUGAAAUGGAUGAGGAUAGCUCUCCUAAUAUUCCUAUUUCUCGAACACCGGAAAGCGACCUUUAUCCCUUGAAGGAAACUUUUCCGACAGAAAUGGACAGAGAAUCAGUAAUGUUUAAAUUACCUGGACCAGGUCCGUUCGCCCUAUAUAAUGGACCACCAAGAAGAAACCCUCUGAUCGGCGAACUUGAUCGGAGCAGUACGGAUUUUUUCAAUCAUACGACAGAAAAAAGACGUGAUACUGGCAGGAACAGUAUGUUACAUGCGCAGUUACCACCCGAUGGACAGGACUUCAUUCUCAGAGAGGAUUGGGCAGCUUUGUGUGGUGCUGGCAACAAUCAUGCUGUUCUUCACUCCUUGUCUUUACCUCUACUUGGACGCAAUCCUCUUCUAUAUUCAUGUGUACUACACGAUGUGUCCCGCAGUGCAAUUACUGAAUCCGUUGUAUUCAUUCAGGGCCAACAUAGGGGUGCCUCGUUGGAUAAUUUGAGUUGUUUGCACAGUGGGUCGCUAAGGGCGACAGGACAAAAAUGCCAAAGCAAUCUAGAUGCUAUCGAGGGUAUGUGGCUUGGUUGCUUGGCGUUCGCCUUCUUCUCCAUUCCAACAGUCUUUGCACUAUUCAAAGUGUCGAAAUACUACUUGCGUAUGAAGACCGAAUACUACUGGAGUGCAUCCGAAGGCUACGGAGUGAUUCGACCUCGAGUAGCAACGACAAACGAUGCCCUAUAUGGAAAGAUUUACGGAACACUUCAAUUCAACAGGCCAGCUACAACAGGGCCCAUUCGGCCGCCGCCGGUGACAGAACCGACAGCUUACGGAGUGUUCAUAGAACAGCCCAUUUACACAACCUUCCGAAGAGAUUGA